CCAUUAAAAGGCUCACUACAACAAGUGUUUGAAGAUGGCCUCAAAGAGCUCAGCAUCUCUUGCUCUCUUCCUCUCCCUCAACCUUCUCUUCUUUGCCCUUGUCUCAGCCAAUAACACACCAUGCUGCAAUAACCCUAACCCUAACUGCUGCAACAACCCUAACCCUAACCCUAACCCUACCCCCACCCCAACUACCCCCACCCCAACACCCUCUUCAAGGGGAACUUGUCCUAGAGAUGCACUGAAGCUUGGUGUAUGUGCCAACUUACUGGGGUUGGUGAAUGUGGUGGUGGGCUCACCACCAACCCUCCCUUGUUGUACUCUACUCCAAGGCCUUGCCAAUCUCGAAGCGGCGGUCUGCCUUUGCACUGCCAUCAGAGCCAAUAUCUUGGGUAUAAAUCUCAACAUCCCAAUCUCCCUAAGCUUGCUGCUGAAUGUAUGUGGGAGAAAUGUACCAACUGGUUUCCAGUGCAACUAGCCACUGUCUUCUUGCCUUCUAUAUUACUCUUUUCUAUGUCCUGUCUGGUGCUCUUGAAUAAGCCUUGAAUAGCUUCUGCACUUGGGAAUGCAGUUCUUAUGUGCAUGUUUGAGUGAUUGGUGUAAUUUCAUGUCAUUCUUCUUUAA